AACGCCGCGGUGGCCGUGACAUAACGUCCUCUCUUUCCCACCACCUGCUUUACCGGUUACCCCCCCCACCCCACUAUUUAUACCUCCCUCUUCUCCCUUGAUUUUUUUCUUGAUUGUUUUUGAAAAUUAAAAUCAUAACAAAAACUCAAAAAAAAAACCAAUUCCCUUCAUUCAUUCUUUAUUGUUUCCUUUUUUUGUUUUUAUAAUUAGUUGAAGGAUCUAUGUAUUUGCGGUUUGAUUGAAUGAUGAUCGGAACAGAAAUGGCGGCGGCGGCGAGUAAUGGCGGCAGGAAGGAUGUGGAUCGGGUUAAAGGUCCGUGGAGUCCUGAGGAAGACGAACUUCUACAGCAGUUGGUUCAGAAGCACGGCCCCAGGAACUGGUCUCUCAUCAGCAAAACCAUCCCCGGCAGAUCCGGCAAGUCUUGCCGCUUGCGGUGGUGCAACCAGCUGUCCCCCCAGGUGGAGCACCGCGCCUUCACUCCCGAGGAGGACGACACCAUCAUCCGGGCCCACGCCCGCUUCGGCAACAAGUGGGCCACCAUCGCCCGCCUCCUCUCCGGCCGGACCGACAACGCCAUCAAGAACCACUGGAACUCCACCCUCAAGAGGAAGUGCUCUUCCAUGAGCGCCGAUGAAGGGAAUGAUCUCGCCGACCGGAUCCUCCAGCAGCCGCUGAAGAGAUCGGUGAGUGCCGGGGCGGCGCUUCCCGUUUCCGGCCUUUACUUCAAUCCCGGCAGCCCUUCCGGGUCGGAUGUCAGUGAUUCAAGUCUGCCGCCGGCCAUGUCCCCAUCCACUCAUCAUCAUCAUGUAUUCAAGCCCAUAGCCAGAACCGGCGGAGUAUUACCACCGCAGGCGGUUGAGACUCCUCCGAUUGACCCUCCUACAUCCCUCAGCCUUUCGCUGCCAGGAAUUGACUCGCCGGAUGUCUCCCCUCGGUUGACAGAGUCAACCCACCCCAACACCUCAAUUGCUCUGUUCCCGCCGGCGAUUCAAGCGCCACCGCUCCCUCCCGUGCCGUUCCAUCAGAAAUCCCAAGAAAAAUCCGAUCUUGGAGGAUCCCCGUUAAUGGCUGCCCCAAUUCAGUCGCCAAAGGAGACCCAAGACAGAGUCUUUGUGCCGUUUAGCCAGGAGUUGCUGGCGGUGAUGCAAGACAUGAUCAAAGCAGAGGUCAGGAAUUACAUGAUGGACGUGGAACAGAACCACCAGCAGCAGCAGCAGCGCUUCCAGCCGCCACAGCAGAUGCAAAAUCAACCGCCGCUGCAGCUGCAGAAUGGGAACGUGCCUGCGAUGUGCAUGCAGCAAGUUGCCGCAGCCACCAUGAACCGCCUGGGAGUUUAUCGGUCGGAGUAAUUAAGGCUGGGAAGGAAGGGAUUAGAGAAAAAGAAACCAUCUUUGUUUCGUUUCUCUCAUGUUCUUUAGGUAUGGUCCUACCAUGGAUAUGGCCUAAAACAAAAUAAUCUUUGGGAUUGUACAGGGAAAAAAAGUAGAGAAAAGAAUCGAGUUGAGCUCAUCACUCCAUGGAAGGACAUGUCCAAAAAAAAAAGUGAAAAGAAAAAGUUCAAAAACAAAAAAAAAAGAACAAUGAUCAUGUCUUAUUAGUCUUACCCAAUGUUGGAUAAAACUUCAAAAAAAUUUGAACUUUAAAAAAAAAUGUAGCAAAAACCCAUGGUGAUGAAAAUGUGAAUGUCGUGUGUUUAUAUUUUACCAGACUCACAAAUUGGUGCUGGCCGUUUGAAGAAUAGGACAGUUAGUAAAGCUUUCGUUGGGGGUAGGUCUGGGAAAAAUGGCAAGUACACACGAGUUUCCCACACCUACAAAUCCCAGCGUUACUCUCCCUCUUUUGCCACACAUCACAUAUCUUUCUGAUGUAACGUUUUAACUCCCUCCAAUGGCUCUUUGAACCGUCCGUCCAUCCCUAGACGGUUGUUCUAUCUAUCAUAUCAAUGUAAGGAUCAUCUCUCAUGUUGUGUAUUCACAAAUAUUGUAAUGGUACCUUUGUAAUGCGGAAUUAAGCAAAUGUUUAUCGUUGGGAUAAAUAUCUUUAAAAAAGUGAUGUAAAUUUG